AUGGGUGACAAGGGUGAAAAGUCUGUCAAUCAGAAGAGCAAAAAGGAAAGAGAACAAAACACAAGUGCCCACCCUGCUGCCAGGGUGCCCCCGAGGACGGUCAGCUCCUCAUCGGGGGUGGAGAAGGAGGAGCCCAAGAGGAGACCUGGGAGGCUGUCAACUAAACCUACUCCUGCCAAAGUGGAAACAAAGCCAAAGAAGGCAACAGGAAAGGAUGAAUCUUCACAUAGAAAAGUGCAAGCAAAAGGGGAAAGGGGAGCAAAGGGAAAACAGGUGGAAAUGGCCACCCAAGAGACUAAAGAUUUACCUGCAUCAAAUGGAGAGGCUGAAAACAAGGGGAGCCCAGGCUUUGAUGGAGCAGGAAAGAAAGAAGUUACGUGUAAUUAAGAUC